UCUCUUUUUUUUUCCAGCAAAAUUAGUAGUCCAAAAAUCAAACAAAAUCUUGAUUUGUAUGUGAUUAAAAGACAUGGUUGAUGAGUCUGUGGAUGAGUAUCUUGAUAUCGUCGGGAAGACGUUUGGUAGCGAGGACGAUGGUUUCGACUUCUAUAACAGUUAUGCUCUUGAGAAAGGUUUCAGUGUGCGGAAAAGCUAUGUUGAGUGGGAUGAAGCCAACCAGGAGAUAAUUUUGAGGAAAAUGGGUGGAUUUCUUAGAAAGGACUAAAGUAAGAAUGACAUAAUCUACUUAAGAGUGUAUAUACUGUAUAUGUAAACAAACAAAUCGGAAUUUACUCACACUUUUAAGUAUGUUUAUUUUCGAUCUCUCUCUCUCUCUCUAGACUUUUCUCUUGUUCUUUUUUAGGGGAAUACAUUGCUUUAUUCAACACAAACUUGGGAAGAAAUACAGGCAAUGUCAGGAGUUUCUAAAAGCCUCAAACGGCGACCAAACGAAAGUGAUGAAGCCACUCUCCGUGGAGGUUUUGUCAGGAGUUUCUAAUCUCGAAACCUAAACACGUCUUCUUAAACAGAGACUGCCAAGCUAAAACUAAGAGUAAAUUUCACUUUCUACCCCUAAGUGUCCAAGUUGACACAAAGUACCCCCAUUUAAAUUUGUUUUGAUCACUUUGUACCCCAUUUAGUAUUGCCAUUCUAUAUUUGAUAUGCCAAAUUGUGUCGAAUCUAGAAGACGAGGACGGCUCGUCAGUUAAGCAGUCGGAUCAGAAAACAUGUAGCCUUGUUACGUACAAUAGCUUUGAGAAGGAAGGAAAUGGGCUUCCGGCCCAGUAAGCAUCGGGCCCAUGAACCAUCCAUCUUCCCCUUCACCGCUCACUCUCUUCGGAAUCAGAUUCAGACGCCGGCGGCUCCAUUGCGAUCCCACCCCUUCUCGCUGCAGGCCUCUCCCCCGACCACGCCGCCGGCGCCGCCUUUCUGGCCUCCACGGAGUGCCGGGACCCCGCCCUAGCCCUGCACGCUUCUCCCCAUGCCGCCGCAGUCCCUGCUGCUCCCUCGCCGUUCCUCCGGUCGCCGCCGAGCAGGUCAGAUUUCUCCUUCCUGGCUUCCCCUCCCUCCGCCUCCCUGUUAUCUAGUCUCGACUUCUCUCCUACGAGCUUCUCUCUGCUCUGUUCCCCUCCGUAGCUUAGCUGUUCCCUCAUCCAUAUUCCUGUCUCCUACUUUCCUCUAUCCUUGACUUCUCUGGAGUCUGAAUCUUUGCUUCUCUACUCUGCCAACAUCCUCUACUUCCAAUCUUCCAUGCAGAUUAAGGAUUGGCUAGCGAUAGACCUUUUGUUUUCAUAUUUACAAUAUGCAUACAAACGUACCCCCGUAACAGGUUUUCCGGAAAAUUUCAGUUUGUCCGUAUCCGUGCAACCUAGCAUGUAUCCAACAUGGCAUCCGAUAAACGGCCAGCUUAACUGACGAGCGGUCCUCGUCUUCUAGAUUCGACACAAUUUGGCAUAUCAAAUAUAGAAUGGCAAUACUAAAUGAGGUACAAAGUGAUCAAAACAAAUUUAAAUGGGGGUACUUUGUGUCAACUUGCACACUUAGGGGUAGAAAGUGGAAUUUACUCUUAGUUUUAGCUUGGCAGUCUCUGUUUAAGAAGACGUGUUUAGGUUUCGAGAUUAGAUUACUGAUGAUCUUCGUUGAGGUAGCGCUUUAUUCCUUCUUCUUUUUUGUUUCUUUCCCUUCGGAGUUAUGGAAUAGAUGGCUUAACUGCGCUGGAGCUUUGGCCCUAGAAAUGCAUAUGCUUAGUUCGCACGACAAAUUGGCAAUCGGAUAUCUUAUAUUUGAUUUGUGACUUCUGUCGUCUGAAAUUGAAUUUAACUUUAUUUUGGUGGCAGAAAAUAUUUGUUAUGUGGAAAUUGCAAACCUGGUUCUGUCUUCACCGGUUCACCUGCAUAAAAAUCGAUCACUACAUUAAAUUACCUUCUGUUAAAUUUGUAGUCAUUGUUCAUAUUUUCUAUGGGUAACCGCGAGAUACUGUGUUAAAUCUCCAGCGUUGUUAUCAGCUUGACCGGUGAUCAUCAAUCACGAGUGACUCAACUAAAUUGAAAUUUGAAAUUUCGCAAGUCUUGUGUCCUCUAUAGAUCUGUGUCUCUGUCUCCUCCCCGCCCUCCUUUAUUCAGAUUCCUUUGUUGGGUCACCUCCAGAAUGGGUCUCCUCAGCAUCAUCAGAAAAAUCAAGCGCAAGGAAAAGGAGAUGCGGAUUCUCAUGGUCGGUCUUGACAACUCAGGAAAGACAACAAUUGUGCUCAAGAUAAAUGGGGAGGACACCAGUGUCAUCAGCCCUACUCUUGGCUUUAAUAUCAAGACCAUCCAGUACCAAAAGUACUCCUUGAACAUAUGGGAUGUCGGUGGGCAAAAGACCAUCCGCUCAUAUUGGAGGAAUUACUUUGAGCAAACUGAUGGGCUAGUUUGGGUGGUUGAUAGUUCUGAUGUCCGUAGGCUCGAUGAUUGUCGGGCUGAGCUCCACAAUCUCUUGAAAGAAGAGAGACUAGCUGGAGCGUCGUUGCUAGUAUUCGCAAAUAAGCAGGACAUCCAGGGCGCUCUCAAGCCUGCAGAAAUCGCAAAGGUUCUGAAUCUUGCGGCGAUGGACAAAGAUCGGCACUGGAAGAUUGUUGGCUGCAGCGCUUACACAGGGGACGGCCUGCUCCAAGGCUUCGACUGGCUGGUCCAGGACGUCGCCUCUCGCAUCUAUGUCCUCGACUGAAACGGAUGAAUUUUUCAGCCGCUGCCAAUCUCUUUCAGGAAAUAGGACCGCAUAAGAUUGGGAUGUUCACUGUUACAUGUAAUCUGAAUUGUCGGAUGUCGAAUCUGCAUAGAUGAUUGUAUGAAUGGUGUUGUUCAAUUCGUGAUAAAUGUUUCUGUAUGACCCAGGAUGUUUGAUUCAUGCUAUACAAGGUUGCUUCAUUAUUGUACCAA